GAGACGCACCGCAGCGCCGGAUCAGUGCGCGUCUCAGGGGCUGAAAGUCAAGUACACUCCCAGCGGGUUUUCCCGGAGACUGCUGGAAAUAUUACAAAAAAAGCCCAGUUCCCACCAGGAGAAGCUACAACCCCGGAUACCUGCGGGAUUUGAGAGACUCUCGUGCGCCAUGGGGGACGUGGUUUCCUCUCACCUGGAUGAGAGCAGGCGGGAGAUGAUUACAGGUCGAACCGGCGACGUGAUGAGGGAGUUCAGCGCCGUGUACGAGCAGCAGUACGCCGUCGCCCUCUUCAACAGCGUCCGCUACGAGAUCGAGGGAGGAGGCGGGACGCAGCCGCAGCUGCUGCACAGAAAGGACCCUCUGGCGGGACGCACCAUCUUCUCAGGGAAUCUGUUUCAGUACCUGGAGGAGAACCGCAAGUGGAGGAACCGCUUCGUGAACGUACCGAACAGCUACGCCAUCCACCUCUACGAGACCAGGACCGCUCACGAGCGAGGGCUGCACCCCAAAGUGACCAUCAACUGCGCCGGGUACAAAGCCCUGACCUCCCUGGACGAGUACAUGGAGCUGAUCAAUAACAGCCUGCCAGGCAUCAAGGCUAAAGUGGGCAGUAACCCCUUCAUCAAGUGUGCGACGCCGUUCCCCCUCAUCCUGUGGCACCCGUACGCCCGCCACCACUACUUCUGCGUGAUGACGGAGAAGGAGCAGAAGAAGUGGCACGCCGUGCUGCAGGACUGUGUGCGGCACAGCAACAACGCUGGACUGCCGGAGAACAACACGGUGCAGACGCCGGCCUUCACCGACGCCGUCAGGCUCUACAGACAGGCCAAGGGACACUACGGGACCUGGGACAUGAUGUGUGGAGAGCCGCCGCAGAUUUUGGCCAAUCUGGUGAUGGAGAGCCUCCACCCCCAGGUCAGGAACGUGAUUGGCCCCCGCCUGAAGGGGAAGCUGCAGCAGAGGCAGAGGCACUGGAUGCUGAUCUCCGACGCCGUGUACAGACAGGUGGCGUCUCAGACCGCCGGGCAGUACGGCGCCCUGGUGCAGGCCUGCGAGUCCCGCAAGGCUCCGCUGGACGCCCGUCUGCGCACCGACAUGGACCAGGUCGUCACGUCCAAGGAGCACGUCAGCAACAAGAUCAGAGCCCUGGUGAUGCCCAAGGCGGAGCAGCUCCUGCGGACCAGCGUCCAGCCGUACAUCAGCUCCAUCCUGGAGGCCCUGAUGGAGCCCACCAGCCGGGGCUUCUCCGAGGUCCGGGAGGUCUUCUUCAGGGAGCUGGUGGAGAUCAGCAAGAACUCGGCCAACGAGGGGGACAAGGAGAAGCUGGGAGACAACCUGGAGAGGCUGUCCAUGCUGGCCUUCCACCCGGUGAAGAUGCAGAGCUGCUACGAGAAGGUGGAGGAGCUGAACCUGGAGGGCCUGCAGCAGAGGUUCGAGGUGUCGGGCACCUCGGUGUUCAUCAGCAGGGCUCAGAUCCUCAUGAGGGAGCAAAUGGACAACGCAGUGUACACGUUUGAGCAGCUUCUGCACCAGUCUCUAGAAAACCAAGGAGAGGAGGACAUGGUCAAGACCAUCCAGCGCUGCCAGGACAGGGUGCUCAAGAAAUUCGAUUACGACAGCAGCACGGUGCGGAAGAAGUUCUUCAGAGAGGCUCUGCUGCAGAUCAUCAUCCCCUACAUGCUGCAGCAGCUCUCCCCAUCCUGCUCCGCCGAGCUGCCUCACUUCAAGGAGCUCAUCUUUGAGGACUUCUCCCGCUUCCUGCUGGUGGACAACAUGUUCGAGGAGGUGGUCCUGCAGUCCGUCACCAAGGACAUCAUGAUGGCGGUGAAGGAGGCGGCGGUCCAGAGGAGACACAACCUCUACCGAGACAGCAUCAUCCUGACCAACAGCGACCCCAACCUGCACCUGCUGGAGGACUCGCCCUCCGUGGACUGGGCCACCAAGUUCGGGGGCGAGGACGCCAACGGCUCGGCCGUGGACGGCGUGGACGGCGUGGAAGGGAAAGCUGCCGGGCGGAAACGGAAGCAGGUGGUGUCCAUGAUCCAGCUGGACGGCGUCCCGCUCCCGUACGAGUCCUGCAUGGAGGUCCCCGGCGUGGAGCUCAUCCCCGAGGAGGACGGCGAGGCGGCGGAGAGCCGGAAGGAGGAGGACGAGGAGGAGGAGGAUGACGACGAAGAGGAGGACGGCGCCGAGCCGCCGCCAGAGGACCCCAAGUCUCCCGACAGCGUCAACGAAAUCCGGGGCCUGAUCAACCCGGUGCUGGAGAUGACGGUUCCCCUGAAGGAGGAGGGGCAGGGGGAGGGGGAGGGGGAGGGGCCCGACGGGGCGGAGCCCACCACCAUCACGGCGGAGGACGGCGUGCAGGAGGAGGUCACGCACGUCACCACCGUCAUCGAGGACGUCUCCAAGAAGUCGACGAAGAGGAAGAAGUCCCCGGGUUCUCCAACAUCUGCGCCGUCCACAGCUCCGCCGGCGUCCUCGACUCCCCCGCCGUCCGCUGCACAAACAGAGCCCCCGGCGUCCCCGACUGCCCCGGCGUCCCCGACUGCUCCGGCGACCGAGGCGACUGAGGCGUCCCCGGCAGCCGAGGCGUCCCCGGCGGCCGAGGCGUCCCCGGCGACCAAGGCGUCCCCAGCGGCCGAGGCGUCCCCACCGUCCCCGACCUCCUCGCCGUCUCCUGCACGCCCAGAGCCGUCAGCAUCCCCGCCGUCCCCGACUCCCUCGCCGUCCGCUGCGUCCCCGCCGUCCCCGACCUCCUCGGCGCCGGCCGCAGCUGUACCGACUUCCCCGAGGCCAGCGGCGUCCGCGGCGUCGCUGAUGCAGCAGCUGGUGGGAAACAGGAAGCAGCCGCUGGACGAGGAGCGCCAGCGCGAGGCAGACAUCAACAGCGCCAUCCAGCAGAUCGAGAUGGCGGUGCGCGAGGACGACGGCGAGCCGCCGGCCGGGUCCUCCGUCGACGGGCCGUCGCCGCCGCCGGCCACAGACUGUGACGACGGCGGCCUCCAGUCGCCGGUUAAAGAGGGCCUGGAGGAGGGAGAGCGGCGGCCCGCCGCCAGCGGCCUGAAUGGACAGGAAGCGUCGGUCGACCCCGAGGACGUACGAGUGGCCGUGGCGUAGGACGAGGCGAGGACGUGCGUCCCUCGCGUCCAGAGAAAGAACCGGGAUUGUAUUUAAGGGUUUAAACAGGCCUCUUUUUUCUAUUUUGCUGUUGUUGUUGCACUCUGAAGCCAAGUCUGUCGUCCCCUCUGCGCUCGGUGGUCGCUUCUCUCUUAACUUCUAGCAGGUUUCCGAUCCUUUCGGCGUGUCGGCUGUGAGCCGCUGUAGCGUCCAGUCUGUCCUCAGCCCUCUCAAAGAGAACUUAUGGACAGGCUUUAUCGGUUUGACACGACACUUUAUCCAGUAUUCUAAUCUCGGUCUGGAAAAAUGAGACUUCGCACUUCUUCUAACACAGAUAAUCCCUGCAGAGCGACACACACGUCGUCUCCGAGACACCGUUUGUUUUUAUACUCACAUUAUGUUCGAUGUAAAUGUUGUGAUUUUAACUUAUAUUUGAAAGCUUAAAAGUGACAGGUUGCUUAGAAUUUUUUGAAACAUGGAAAUUUGGGAAAUUUAACAAUGUUAUUGCUGACUUUAUUUUUUUUUUUAACUUUAGAUCUGGGUUGUGAAGCAUUUCAUUUCAGGGGCCACAUACAGCAAAAACCACAUCUUGAGUGGACCAGACAGGUAAAACAGUGCCAUAAUAAUCUUUAAAGCGAUGAAAAAACACUAUAUUUUCCCAAAUUUGAACAAUUAGUACCAAAAAUGACCAAUUAACCAAUUUUAACAAAACAUUUCACAUGGAAAAUUCAGUGAAAUGCUAAUAUUUUCCAUGAAAUUCCUGCGAUUUGCUUUGGUGGUUUGGCGGCCGGAUCAGAGCCUGUUGUCGGCUGAUUUUGGCCCACGGGCCUUAGGUUUGACCCCAGCUUCAGAGGCAGUGUGCCACACUACUUCACUGUCAUUUGUGUCAGGGAAUAAGUGCAGACACCAGUGAUGAUGACUUUCACAUUAAAAGCCUGAAGAGACAGUUCGCAUUCGGCUUCUAGAACAAGUUUGAAGAAGAGGAGAGUUUUUGGACUCAUUCACUCUCAACUUACCUGACAUUUGUCAAGUCAAAGAAGGGGGGAAAAAAAAUAAGAAAAUAAACACCAUAUCUGGCCAGCAGGGGGCGCUACAGUCAAACUCUUCAUGCCUCUGUUUCUUUGAACUUCUUCACAUUCAAAUAUUGCUUCCUGUUUUUGUAAAACUGUACAAAUCUGUCAUAUUUUUAGUUUUAUGUUUGAGCAGUUGUUUUAUUUGCAAAUGGCCUUCACGUUUCAACAUAGCCCAGACCGCUCGGGGUCGCUCUCUUCACUUUCUGGGAAAUAACUCGACUUUACUGUAUCCUGUGACUUUAUCUGUAACUUUAGAGAUGACCAGGUUGCAAGAACAAAGAUUUCGACUUUCAGCGACUCAGUGUUGGUUUACAUCGAGUUCAGCUGUUAAGACAGUGAAUCAAAGCCUAUUUUCUCUUCUGAAAUAGUUUUCCUACUUGAUUUGACAGGUUUCUCAACCAAAACUCAUUGGUGACGACAUCAAGCUGUACAAACAAGAUCUGACGAUAACAAUCAUUGAAAUGAUCAAUAAGUUGAACCUUUAGAUUUCUUUAGUUUUCUGGAGCUGCAGCCACGAAUGUCUCCUGUCUUCAAAAGAUAUCACAUUUAUGGAUAGAAGGGUGAAAUAAACUAAAAAACACUCACAUUAAUGAGGUUGUAAUGAGAGGAAAGGAGCUUUUUCUUCAUCGAACUGCUGAUUUUCACUUACUGGCAUCCACGUUUGUGUUCCAGGAGGCGAAGUUGUGUGAGGAGCUGUAAAUAUUUCAAUCAGGAAAACACACGUUUGGUCAGCCUGUUGCGUAAACACUAUUUAAAGAGUUGGUCUUAUCUGUAAAUACUGGAGGCUAACUGCACUUCCACAGCGCAGACACGCUUCAGGCCUCACGCUGCUCGGACGUCGUCGAGGCUGGUGUCAAAUUACCAACAGCUGGAGAGGUUCACCAGAACCUGGGUAAUAAAAGAGACGUGUUUUUAUGGACGGAACCUUUAAUGAGAUGGGUGAUUACACAGAAGAGGGAGUUUAAAGGAAAUACAGGACGAUGAUUGACUGUGAAUGAUUAGUAAAGAGCACAAAAGGAAAAUAAAGCACAAACAUCAGUUUGAUUCUCAGUUUUUAUUCCAACACCUACAUGUCCUGUACAAUAAAUAAGGUUUUUUUUGUUUUGUUUAUUGUUGGCGCCACACACACUCCAAACAUCUGAUGUUAAACACAAAACAGAAGGUUAGAUUUAUCAAAGGCACGUCUGUCCGUACACAGAUCUCCCACUCCUGUUUAUUUAUUAUCAACCCUGUGAAGUGUGUGACAUCCAGCUUGAUUUGUUCAUGUGUAUACAGUUUUUUGCUCUUCCUCUAAUAACGUAUGUUAAAAUGUCAAAUAAAAACAUCUCACAGCGAUUCUCUGUAGUUUUGUCCAACCGACUUUCAAAAAAAAAAAAAAAAAAAA